UCCCUCAACGUCAGCAAGACAAAGGAGCUGAUUGUGGACUACAGGAAAUGGAGGUCCGAGCACGCCCCAAUUCACAUCAUCGGGGCUGCAGUGGAGCGGGUUGAGAGCUUCAAGUUCCUCGGUGUCCACAUCACUAAGGCUCUAUAAUGGUCCAAACACACCAACACAGUCGCGAAGAGGGCACAACAACUCCUCAUCCUCCUCAGGAGGCUCAAAAGAUUUGGCAUGUACCAUCAGAUCCUCAAAAAAGAAAGUCAAACAAUUAAAUAAUGGAUAAAAAAAGCAAAAUAAAAGUUAUAUAGCUGUACCAUGACUGGCUGCAUCACCGCUUGGUAUGGCAACUACUUGGCAUCACUGGGAAGGAGCUCCCUGCCAGUCGGUGUCAGAGGAAGACCCAAAAUUAAAAAUAAAAUAAAAACUCCAGCGCCCAAGUCAUACACUGCACCAAGUAUGGAACCAACAGGACCCUGAACAGCUUCAACCCCCAAGCAAUAAGACUGCUAAAUAGUUAGCCAAAUAGCUACUCGGACUAUCUGUAGUGAACCUUUUUGCAAUAACUUGUUUUGACACAUCAACUCGGUACAGCUACCCCUUGUAUCCAAGUUGUUGUUACUCAUGGUGUAUCUAUUAUUACAUGUAUUAUUGCUUGUUUUCCUUUCUCUAGUUUCCUUCUCUCUGCAUGGUUGGGAAGUUCCCGUAAAACAAACUUUUCACUGUUAGUCCACACCUGUUGUUUACGAGGCAUGUGACGAAUAAUAAAAUUAGAUUUGAUGUUGCUGCAUUUGUGGGCGGAGUGCGCGAGCGCUGAAAUCGUUGCGCACCUGUCAACUGGGCACUGGGUAGGUGAUGCCAGAUGAUGGCGAGUGUCUUUAAUGUGAUCUGAGUUUGUUUUUCGGCGACUAUUGGGGCAACAGAGUCACUUAAGAAGGCAAAAGGAAAUAAUAAAACCAGGGAGUCAUUGAAGGAGUUUAUCGUGGCAGCGUCACAAACUUGGGACCGAAUAACAACACCAAACCAAAGGUGAAUUCAUGUAAACAAAAUCAACAACUUUUUUUUUUUGUCCGCUGCUCUUCAUUGCAGCCAACUCAGACUAUUGUUUAUUGUACUUUAAGCGAGCAAUGGCUUCUCCGGGUGCCAGUUCGAGCCCUUUGAGUAUCCUGGCUCCCAAAACGAAGACAAAGAAGAAACAUUUUGUACAGCAGAAAGUGGAGGUGUUCCGAGCCAGUGACCCUAUUCUAAGCGUCCUUAUGUGGGGAGUCAAUCACUCGAUUAAUGACCUGGUCCAGGUGCCUGUCCCCGUCAUGCUGCUUCCUGAUGACUUCAAAGCCAAUACCAAGAUCAAAGUCAACAACCAUCUCUUCAACAAAGAGAAUCUUCCAGGACAUUUCAAGUUCAAAGAGUAUUGUCCACAGGUGUUCCGCAAUCUCCGAGAGCGCUUUGGAAUCGAGGAUCUGGAUUAUCAGGGUUCUCUGGCACGCAGCCCUCCGGUGAAGGACGGGGAUGGUCACGGAGUGGGGCUGCUGCUGACAUCAUAUGAUCGCACCCUGAAACUCAAACAGAUCUCCAGUGAGGAAGUGGAGGACAUGCACAACAUCCUAUCUGAAUAUCACCAGCACAUAGUGACGUGUCACGGCAGCACGCUGCUGCCUCAGUUUCUGGCCAUGUACCGGGUGACCGUGGAGAGUGAGGACACCUACCUCAUCGUUAUGAGGAACAUGUUCAGCCACAGGCUCAACGUUCACAGGAAGUACGACCUUAAGGGGUCUCUGGUGUCCCGUGAAGCGAGUUUAAAGGAAAAGGAGAAAGAGUUGCCCACGUACAAAGAUGUGGACUUCAGGAAUAACAUGCAGAAGGUUUAUGUGAGUGAGGAGGAGAAGGAGAGGAUCAUGGACAAGCUCAAUAGAGACGUGGAGUUCCUGGUGCAUCUGAGGAUCAUGGACUACAGCCUGCUGCUGGGGAUCCACGAUGUGGGCCGGGUGGAGGAGGAGGAGAUGGAGGAGGAGUCGUAUGAUGAUUAUGAUGCUGAGGACGAGGAGGACGAGGAGAACAGCCUGACUCCUGCUCCUGCUGUGGGCUCCUAUGGCACCUCCCCUGAGGGCAUAGCUGGCUACAUGAACUCCUUUAAACCCCUGGGGCCCGGGGAGUUUGACCCUUAUGUAGACGUCUACGCCAUUCAGAGUGCUGUGGGUGCACCCCAGAGGGAGGUGUACUUCAUGGGUCUGAUUGACGUCCUGACUCACUAUGACACCAAGAAGAAAGCCGCUCAUGCUGCCAAGACCGUCAAACAUGGGUCUGGAGCAGAAAUCUCCACCGUUCACCCUGAGCAGUAUGCAAAGAGGUUCCGUGAGUUCAUUGCUAAGAUCUUUGCCUAGCUUACCAGAAAACAGCUACAUCUACAGUACCAUGGCCGACUCAAUACGAAAAAACUCCCCAUUUAGUACCUUGUUACAAUUCAUUAUCUAACAGACACUGUAUUUGAUUCUAAUAUUUAACGACACUGCUUUUUGAUUUCAUGAAUCAAUUCAAGUAGAUGAUUUUGUAUAUAGAUAACUACAGAGCAAAUAUACAGUAUAUUAACUAAGAAAUAUACCGUUUUUUAAAGCUAUUUAUUUAAUUGAAGUUAAAAAAGACUCUUGGUACUAGCUUUGCCACCUGUGGAACACGAGAGAAACUACAACGUCACAUGCCUCGAGUUCUGGUUGACUGGAAUUUUGGAGACCUGGCAGAGUUCUAUUCGCUGUGGAAGUCUGACAACAGAGUGCGUUUGAAUGGCUUCGGUGACGAUGGGAAGAGAGAGAACAUUGUCUUUGUGUCAUGCUCUUCCAGCUGAUUAUGACUGGAUGGAGGCACAAAAGGAAGGAGUGACCGUAGCGAUGGCUAUUAAUUUAUGGCCACACACACUGGACUGGUAUUUUAGAAAGACUGAUCGAUGUCCUUCUUUGCCUAGAUUUCCUUAAAUCAAAACAAGGUGGAGAAAUGCCUUUAAGUCUUUUGAAAUCACUGAUGUAUUUUAAUAUAUUGGGAGUGGCUCCUAAUCCAUGAGCGGAUCUUUUAUUUCUGAGGCUCCGUAUCCGUGAGUGCGCAAAUUCUCGCAGUAUGUCUCAUUCAUUUUCUCAUGCCGAACCCAGAUUAGAUACAUGGCUAGUUAAAUCAGAAUUAAAUUGCAAAAAUAUGAUAUUCGCAAUGUCACUAAGGAAAAACAAAACCACUACAAUGUCAAUGAUUUUGUCAUGAGUUCAGUACCAUUUGCUUGAUUUGCGGACCCAUGACGAAGGUUUAUCGUCAUUAGCUAGCUAACGUUAGCAUGCUAGUGUUAGCUAGCAAGCUGUAUUCACGUCCAUUGGAAACCGAUGCAACCCUGGUGGCUACAUGGCUAGCUAGAUGACCGGUAGUGACAGUGAGGUUCAUAUGAGAGUCAAGGCUCUAAUGCCAUCGUGCACAUAAAAUACUGUUUGAAGAGCUAGCUAAGUUAGCUAAGACGGUAUACCAGUUAUUAUGUUAACUAGCUUUGCCUGCAUGGCAGGACCAGUGUUGUCCAAGAUGGUAGAUCGUCUCUGGUGAUGUGUCAACAUUACAACCAAAUUACAACCUAUGGGACGCAAACAUUCCUGCACAUACACAGGUAUCGGAUAACAAUAAGAAAUAUUUCUCAAUAUAUUGCAUAUUUAGUCCACAAUUUUUCUGACAUUUGGCUUGUAGUUCUUGCACAACAAAGUAGUAGAGACCGUUUUCAGGGACCUACCCAAUCAAAACAAACAGUGAAAUUAUAGUUAGGGAGAAAUUAACCAUACGACCGCUACUAGGUGUCAAUGUAUCCCCACAGAUCAAAUGGAUUUCAACAGUACUUAAUAGAGUCCACUAACUUGCUGCACUGGUGUAAAAUAUCACUAUUGCACAUGAUUUGUAUAUUGACAUAUCUGGGACAUUUUGGAGGACACUUAUGGAUCUGUUAGACAUACAUACAUCUAUGUAUUUUCUCUGUAAACGGAUUUGUAUUUCUUGGGUGAGGUGGGGCUAACUAAAUAAGAAAUUACAAUCCAGGACAAAUGGAAAUACAGCCUGCUUUGUGAUAUCAAAUGCCUUUUAACAUUUUAAGAUGGGGUAUGCAACCAAGCACACAUGAAACCAUUCAUGAAGACAAAUGAUUUGAAGUAAGCCCCUGCUGAGUAUAAACAAUUAAAAAUUAUUAUAGAUGCCCCAAAAUAGAUUGAAUGGACUUGUAAUUCACACAGUACUGAUGAAAAAAUCAAGUGCAUUUGAUGUAAAUAUAGGUAUACAAGGACAUCUCGUGGUCAGCAGGUUUUUCAUCCUCAGUCACUAGCUAUCAUAAUUGUGUAUCCCUCCUUCACAAGCUUGAUGUUUCCUAUGCAAAAAAGUAAAACAUUGAUGCACUAGCAUGCAAUGACGCAGGUAUUUACAUUGCAACAUAUAUUGUCAUUGACUAAAACAAAAAUAUAAUUGUAUGAGAAACCAUAAAACUUCAAUUAAUAGCCGGGGUGUUUAUUUUCUUAAAUCACUGAACACACGUGCCUUUUAUUAGAACAUGCUUCUAUUUGAGCCAGGCAUCUAUCUCCAUAAUGCACACAGUUUUUGCAAAUUUGCAUAGUUAAUUGUCUAAUUCCAGCAUUCACUUCCAGUGUUAUCUUUACAAACGGUGUCUUGUUUAUUUUGUGUUAGUAUUCCACUAUAAAUACAACUUUUUAAAAAACUUGACAAUCAUUUUUCUCCACUUUGCUGUGCAUUUUCGGCAGUUCUUACUUUAGCCACUAGAGACGAUUUCUAGGGGUCUAUGUUCCCAAAGGUUUUGUGUUUCCCAAAGUGUUUUUGUGCUUGCCAGUUAGCUAGCCGUUCUCAGCUGUUAGCAACCAAUGGCUAGCAGUUUCUUUCUGGUUAUAAAACAGAUGAUUACCAUAAUUUCUUCGAGACAUUACUGAAUUAUUUAACGUAACAAAUCAAACGUUAAACCUCAAACAAUUCAUGGUAAUCUCAAACAGGCAGUGGUGGAAAAAGUACCCAAUUGUCAAACUUGGGUAAAAGUCAAGAUACAUUUUUAAUAGAAAAUGACUCAGGUGAAAGUCACCCAGUAAAAUAUUACUUCAGUAUAAAAGCCUAAUAGUAUUUGGUUUUAAAUAUACUUAUAUAUCAAAAGUAAAUAUACAUAAGUAUCAAAAGUUAAAGUAUAAAUAAUUUCAAAAUUCCUUCCUUACAUUUUUUUUAUGCACACUCACGGAUAUGGAGCCAUCGAUCUGGUCACGGAUUAGGAACCACUCGCUAAUAUAAUUUGUACAAAUGACAUUAAAUGUUUCUUUAAAUCUAUGUUUGAGUUGAUAUCUACUAAAUUAUCUGUGUUACAUUUUCGGAAGUUCUGUCUCUCCCAUAAAUCCAGAUAUCCUAAUAGGCCUACAGUAAGGUGAGUCACAGUAUUCCCAAAGUUCUUAUCAUAUUUUAUUAGUAAUGUAAUUUUGAAGCAUAGACCUAGCAAAUUCUCCAGUGUUAAAUCAACACUGACAGUGUUAAAUCAACACUGACAGUGUUAAAUUUAACACUGGGCCCGUGCCUACACGGGUCCAUGCUUUUCAGUGUUAAAUUAACAUUCAUAGACAUUUAGCUAUCUUGCUGUUGCUAGCUAAUUUGUCCUGGGAGAAACACUGGGUGUUUUUUUUAUUUUUAUUUUUUUUACCUAAAAUGCAUAGGGUGCGUUGUAAUUUUGAGUCAUAGAAAAAUUGUGUGUUCUCCACUUUGACAAUUAAUCCACAGAUAAAAAGGGAAACCUAGUUUGUUUUCUUUGGUUAAUCUCUUGUUCAUCUUCUUUGGAUUUUAUAUGGCGGUUGGCAACCAAAUUUAAGGUGCAUUACCGCUACCAACUGGACUGGAGUGUGGACCUCGUUCAUCUUUCAAUCACCCCCAUAGGUAUAUCCUCGUAAAAACGAAUGAGUAUAUAAGAGAGGUAGUACUUACAGCGAGUCAAACGUCUAAAAUAGAACGGGCUCAUAUAACCAAGUUCUAUUUUAGCACCUGGCUACGCAGUUGCCCGCGAGCAGUUUGGAUGAAAUUAUUGAAUAUGUGUAAAUCACAGGAGGUUGGUGGCACCUUAAUUGGGGAGAAUGGGCUCAUGGUAAUGACUAGAGUGGAAUGGUAUCAAAUACAUCAGGUGUUUUGAUUCCAUUUCCUCCGUUCCAACCAUUAUUAUGAGCCGUUCUUCUCUCAGCAGCCUCCUACAGUGUAUAUUUAUUUUGCAACGCUCGCGCACGUAACGUGGCCGGUUUGGUCAGCAUGUAACACAGUGGCGUUAGGAAUA